AUGUCGUGGGGGCCUGUUCCCUCCAAGCUCUAUCUGCUCUCCCAGCUACAAGACGUUCCUGUCGGUGACAAAGUGAGAUUCCUGGGAUGCGUCAUCUCAUACGAUACCGCGACGGCAUGCCUCGAGCUAGGGCACAUGUACCCUCCAGACACCAACGAGACCGUCCGGGUCGACAUUGAGCUGGUCCUGGAGACGAUCCAGCCCGGGUUGACGCAGGUCGGGCAAUGGGUCAAUGUUGUAGGGUAUAUCCGGGAGGGCAGAGGGUCGCCUGUGCAUGUCCAGGCUCUGCUGGUGUGGCUGACGGGGCCGUUGGAUCUCGGGCGGUAUGAGAAGAGCUUGCAGGAUCAGAUGAUGGAACGGGCUUGA